UGCCCGAAGCAAUGUCCUGUACGUUUGCCUUUCAAAAAGAAAAAAAAAACAUCCCGGACGAUUGGUUCCAAGCCUGUUUCCAAACUCUCUGGCUGGCAUAUAGAAACAAAACCUGUCCCUCUCAUCCAUCCAUGGUGGUUGUAGAUUGAGAAAAGGUUGAUAAAUAGGCCGCCCGGCAGGAGAGCGAAAGGCAAACGCCGGGGAAGUGGCCAGGUCUCACUAGAGAUCACUUGAGAUACAUGGGGGCCCCUGCUCUUACCUGCAGGCACGUCCUCGCCCUCCUCCUGUCGCUGCAGCUGCUCCUUGUGGCGCCAUGGCAGGGCGAGACGGCGGCUCGAGCUCUCAACUUUACGAGGCAGGAUUUCCCCCGGGACUUCGUCUUUGGGGCCGGCACCUCAGCGUAUCAGUACGAGGGGGCAACCGAUGAAGACGGAAGGAGCCCAAGCAUCUGGGACACUUUCACUCAUGCAGGAAGGAUGCCGGACAAGAGCACCGGUGAUCUGGGCGCAGACGGCUACCACAAAUACAAGGAGGAUGUGAAGUUGAUGAGUGAUACUGGCCUGGAGGCCUACCGCUUCUCCAUUUCUUGGUCCAGGCUUAUUCCAAGAGGAAGAGGACCCGUCAACCCAAAGGGGCUAGAGUAUUAUAACAACCUGAUAAACGAGCUAGUAAAACGGGGAAUUGAGAUCCACGUGACCCUGUACCACCUGGACUUCCCUCAGAUCCUGGAGGACGAGUACCACGGGUGGCUGAGCCCCAGGGUCGUGGAGGACUUCGCGGCGUACGCGGACGCGUGCUUCCUGGAGUUCGGCGACCGGGUGAGGCACUGGACCACCAUGGACGAGCCCAACGUGAUCUCCAUCGCCGCCUACGACAACGGCGCCUUCCCGCCCUGCCGCUGCUCCGCGCCGUUCGGGGUCAACUGCACCGGCGGGAACUCCACCGUGGAGCCAUACAUCGUCGGCCACAACUCCAUCCUGGCACACGCCGCCGCCGUCAAGCUCUACAGAGAAAAGUACCAGGCUACGCAGAAGGGCGUCGUUGGUAUGAACCUCUACAGCUUCUGGAACUACCCAUUCUCGUCGAGCCCCGCUGACGUUGCAGCGACUCAGAGAUCAUUGGACUUCAUGAUUGGUUGGAUCCUAAACCCAUUGGUAUAUGGAGACUAUCCUGAAAUCAUGAAGAGGAUAGUUGGGUCCCGGCUCCCGAAGUUCACCAAAGAACAGUCGGAGAUGAUCCGUGGGACGGCUGAUUUCAUUGGCAUAAACCACUACACCUCAGUGUAUGUUAGUGAUCGAUCGCACAGUGCAGAUACCGGGCUCCGGGACUACAAUGGUGAUCUGGCCGCUACCUUCAGAUUUUCUCGCAAUGAUCCACCCUCUGGUCAGUUUAUUCCAGUCAACAUGCCUACUGAUCCACAGGGGCUGCAAUGUAUGCUCGAGUACCUCAGCAACACUUACAAGAAAGUUCCUGUCUAUGUACAAGAAAAUGGAUAUGCGGCGUUCUUCAAUGACUCAAUUGAGGACCAUAAGAGAGUGGAGUACUUGAGUGGCUACAUUGGCAGCAUCGUCACUGCACUAAGGAAUGGAGCCAAUGUGAAGGGCUAUUUUGUUUGGUCAUUCCUGGAUGUAUUUGAGCUGCUAGCAGGCUACUAUUCGCGAUACGGUCUUUAUCAUGUUGAUUUUAUGGACCCAGAGCUGCCAAGGCAGCCGAAACUCUCUGCCCAGUGGUACUCCAAAUUCUUGAGGAGUGAGAUCAGAAUAAACAUAGAAAGCAUGACCAGUACUGAAGCAAGCUCACAUGCUGAGCAAUAAUGAGCUUCGUUGCAGCUCAUACAUAGCAGGGAAAAGAAUGUUCUUAUCUUUUCUUUUUUACAGUUCACAUAAACAUUUUAUUCUUCAGUUUCAUAUAGUUAGUCAGGCUCAAAAUUCAGUUGUCAGUUGUCAUAGCCAUAGAUACACACAUUAGCUGUAGGCUGUACGCUUCACUUGCCAUGACUGAUAGAUACUCACAUAUAAAUAAUACAGAGAGCAAUUAUUAUGUGAA